CUGGCAUUGCUCUUUUACGUGAUUGUUCCAAAAGUCGGAGUCCGAAGGUGAGCCAAUCAGCGCGGGAAAAUUCAAAACAACAAUGAAGAAACGUGCCGCGAUUAUUACUCUAAAUAAGUACGAAAGUGGCUUUUAUUUCUUCAUUUGGAUAGGUUCAGUCCACUAUUCUAUCUACAACGUGUACCUAGCGAAAUCAUAUUUUGAUGGCUAUUAUGAUAUGUACAAUGAUUUCGGGCCAGGAUGGUCGUGGUUAGACAGAAAACAAGAUAUAUCUGAUGUUGAAUGGAAUACCUGGAUACCACUUAUGUAUAAAAUAGGUCCAUGGAUCUUUGUGCACUGUUUCAUCGGUCAAUAUAUUAAAUAUUCAUUCGGUGCAAAUGUAUUAUGUAUAUGGUACAUUCUCAUAUCGAUUCUAUUCCUAUCGUACUUUGUUGGAAUAGUAGGAAUGCUGUGCAUGUUAAUCCAGCCAUGUAUAGCAUGCCUACUAACGGCAUUCAGGAGCAAGUCGUUAUCAUGGAUAAUUCAUUUGUCCUCCCUUGCAUUAAUAUAUCUAACUAAAAUGUCAGACUCACCAGUGCAGUAUUGGCUGAAAUUAAAUGAAGAGGAGUACUAUAUGUUCAUCAUUGGUAUUUGUUGGAUUCAACUGAGAAGCAUUAGUUACAGCAUUGAUAGCAUUGUAAAUUACAAACAUAAGAAUCUGCUCGGAUUCUUAAAAGAACUUUCCCAAAAUGCUGCGUAUUGUCUUUAUCUACCUACAUUAUUCUUAGGCCCAGUCUUGUUGUACAGUGAAUUUUUACAAGGAAUUAACAAGAAAUUUGAAUCCUGGACAUUUACAAGAUUGAGCAGACUUCUAUUCAAUCUGCUUCGUUAUGGCUUUUGGCUCUAUUUUACAGAAUUUGCUAUGCAUUUUAUUUAUUGUAAUGCACUGCAAUAUCAUCCUCAAAUAGUUGAAAAUCUAGAUGCAUGGGCAUUUUAUGGAUACGGAUAUUGUAUGGGGCAAUAUUUUUUGAAUAAGUAUGUUGUAGUUUAUGGCAUUUGUGGUGAAAUAAGCAGAACAGACGGUAUUGAUGCUCCCGCAACUCCUAAAUGUAUUGGACGGAUUCAUUUAUAUUCUGACAUGUGGAAACACUUUGAUAGAGGAUUAUACAAUUUCCUGAUUAAAUACAUUUACAUCCCAAUCGUAACUGAACUGACAAUACCAUGUAAAAAACUAGUUGCAUCAUUCUUAUGCUUUGGAUUUGUAUUUCUGUGGCAUGGGAUGAAAAUGUUUAUUUUUAUUUGGGCGUGUCUCAAUUUUAUAGGAUUGGCAAUCGAAGACACAGCAAAAUCAAUAGGGAAGUCCUUAAAGUAUAUUGAAUUCGAGAGAAAAUGUUUAAAUUGGAAAAACACAAGACGUUUUCAUUGUGCCAUAGCUAGUCCUCUUCUUGCAAUGUCUGCUAUAUCAAAUUUUUAUUUUUUUGCUGGAGAAGAAAUUGGAAACAUUUUUGUAUACAGAGCAAUUCACGAUCCAUGGAAUGUAAAAGUACUAGUAUUAUUUAUUUUGCAUUGCUGCUGUCACGUGUCCACCGAUAUCAAAAUAAUGGAAAUUAUCGGUUAUGGAAAAAGUAAUAUUUAAUCAUGGCACACUUCGUAAUCAAUAUA